AUGUCAACUUCUGAAAUUACUGAAGGUUUGGCAACGAUUCGUUUUGAAGGAAGUGCUGAAGCUUUUUACAAUCCUGCUCAAGAGUUUAACCGGGAUCUAACGCAAGUUUUCUCAUUUUAUACAUUAGUUUGUUAUUUUUUAGGGUGUCAGUGCUGCGAAUACUCGGAAAAGAGCUGAAUGAAGCUGUGAAUCAAAACAAUGAUGAACCUAGCGUCAAGAAAAGGAAAAUUGGGCCGGUAAUAACUAGUUUUAUAUUAUUUUGAGAUGUUUGUAGGAUAAAAUUUAUUGGUUUAUGUUAGUUUUUAAUACAUAAUAUAGUUGGUUUUAAGCUAUAUUGUUUUAGACAGGAUUUCGAGUGCUGGAUGCCUUAUCAGCAUCUGGACUUCGUGCUCUACGGUUUUCAAAAGAGGUGGAAGGUGUAACAGAAGUAUGGGCGAAUGAUUUCAGUGAAAACGCUGUUGAAUACAUCAAGAAAAAUGCGGUUUUAAAUGGUGUAGAUGAUCUGAUACAUGUUUCUUAUGCUGACGCUACGUAUGUUUUCUUUUUGUUAUAUUUUUUCAGGUUUUGCCAUUUUUCUGAAGAAAGUUCUUAUUGUUUUUUAUUAAGAAAGUGUCAGUUCUAAAAAUUAAUUUUCAGACAGUUAAUGUCCGAAUGUCGUCAAGUUGACAAACGUUUUCAUGCCGUUGAUCUUGAUCCAUACGGUUCUGCAACGCCAUUCUUGAACACGGCCGUACAAUCGGUUGUGGAUGGUGGCAUAUUGAUGGUUACAUGUACCGAUAUGGCUACGCUGUGUGGAAACACGCCCGAAGCAGCCUUAAGCAAAUAUGGUUCAACUCCUUUGAAGGCGAAGUGCUGUCAUGAAGCGGUAAGUUAUUUUUUACUAUUUUAUGUUUUUAGGUAACAUUUAUGAUCGUUUGGAAAUUAUAAGGACUGUUUGUUUCAAAAUUAGGAUUAUAAGUAAUGUUGAGUCGAACAGUGAUAUUGCUGGAAUUUUCGGAUCAAACUUUAAUUCGUAAUCUUCAGGCUAUCCGAAUGUUGCUACGGUCAAUUCAACAACAUGCAGCUUCAUACGACCGGUAUAUCGAGCCUCUAAUUUGUGUAUCAGUCGAUUUCUACAUCAGAUGUUUUGUCAGAAUCAAAACUGGAGCUAGAAACGUGAAAGAAGGAGCCACUAAACUGUCUAAUGUUCUUCACUGUACCGGCUGUCACUCAUUAUCAUUUCAACCCUUGGUCAAGAAGGUUGUUAAUGGGACUUCGAUCAAGUUUCUAUUGCCCAAACCUAACAACUCUGAGAUUAUGGACGCGGAAGGUAACUGUGUACAUUGUAAACACUCGGUUCAACUUACGGGACCAUUCUACACAGCACCGUACUUUGACAGGACGUUCGUACAAGUCCUGUUAAAGGACAUAUUAGAAACGGAGGCCGACAAACGAUUAGGAACCCACAAUCGACUGGUCGGUGUUCUAACUGUCAUGCUCGAAGAGUUGGAUGAUGUGCCAUUCUACUACGAGAUUGAUCAGUUGGUCAAUAUCUGCAAGGCCAGAGUGCCAAAGUCGUUGACGUUCCGGUCGGUUAUACUGAAUGCCGGUUACAGAGUUUCGGGAUCGCAUUGCAAUCCAAAGGCAAUCAAAACGGACGCCCCAUUGGUGGUACUAUGGGAUACUGUACGGUCUUUGGUAGGUUUUAUGGUCGUUUUUUGAUAUCGGUUGAAGUAUUUUUUUUAAUCUUAAAGUUUUUGGUUAACUAUUUAUUAUUUUUAUAUCAUAUAUAAUAUUUUAUUGUAUUUAUUAGCUCUUAUAUUGUUCUAGUUUGCUCAAGAAGGCCGCGAUAUGAAGAACUUUUCGGAAGAAGCUCCAGGACGACAAAUUUUGGCUCUGAAGCCAGUGUAAGUAAAAAUAUUGUUUUAAGAGUUUAAAUGAUAGUAUGAGUUUUUUUUGACACAAUAAGGUUUGAAGUGGUGUUUUUUAAAUUUUAAUUAUUUAAAAACUUUUCAGAACCCCAUUCAACCCUCAAUACCAUCCCAAAGCCAAGGAAAACAGUCGAGUGGCCGGAUUACUACGCUUCCAAGACAAUCAUGGCAAGAAUCACGGCCCAAAGUGUAAAGCCAAAGGGUCAGUGAAUACAGCCAAAGUGGCAGCGUUUGCUCCGAUGGAAGAAACUUUCUGA